AUGGUGAGUCCGACGCUCUGGACGUUUGCGGCUAUGCUAACGCGCGUUCUUAUGCACUCCGCUGCAACCCGCCUCCACCUGCACACGCCCUCCACAUUCCCUCCGCAGGACCACAACCUCCUCGUCUCGGAGCUCCAGUCGCUCAUUGUCGAGAGCAAACGCCGGAAUCCCGAAGUCAAGGAUGCCAGUGAAGCUGCGCUCGAGAUCCUGCGUCAUGGCCCGCAGCCGCGCGAGCUGCUCGCCUCACGGGCCGACACGCUCCUCGCGCCCGUGACGCUGGGCUGCAAGACGAAGAAUGCCAAGAUUGUUGGUAUCAGUAUCGCCGCGCUGCAGCGCCUUGUCGCGCUCGGCGGUGUGCCGCUCGCUUCGCUGCCGGACGUGAUGGCCACACUGGGGAGCGUCGCAGGCCAGGCUGUCGACAUCCAGUUAAAGAUCCUGCAGACGCUCCUCUCCAUCCUCACCUAUUGCAAGGACAUGCACGGCGACACGCUCGGUACUGCGCUCCUUCUAUGCUUCAAGCUGCAGGACUCGCGGGUUAGUGUCGUCUCGUCCACCGCAGCCGCGACCUUGCGACAGGCCAUCAUGGUUGUGUUUGACCGUGUCGCUGCCACAGAUGACGCUGGCGUUCCCCCGUCACUACCCCUCACCCUCACCACUUCCAAGUCCCAUCCUUCCCCCAAAUCUUCCAAGCCCAAGAGUCCACCCAAGUCGCCACCACGCACGUCGCCGUCGCCCAGCCACGAGGCUGUCGAGGUGUCGGUGACUCCGGCCGCAAUGGACGCGUACUGCAUCCUCUCUGACCUCUGCCUCCUCACAGCCGGACACCAAGGCUCGUCUAGCCUCAGUCUCUGGAGCACAGGGGACAAGGCUAAGCCACGCAUGCUCAAGCUGUCCUCACUAUCGCGGACGUUCGGGCUCGAACUCAUCGAGUCCAUCCUCAGCGGAUACGAGGGCGUCGUCAAGACGCACCCCGAGCUCCUCCAUCUCUUGCGCCACUCACUCCAUCCUCUCAUUUUUCGUCUGCAGAAUGAGCGCCCAUCCUUCGCCGUGGCACUCCGCUUGUGCCGCCUUCUCUACGUGCUCAUCCGGAGCUAUGCUGACCAGCUCCCUUCUGAGGUCGAGAGCUACCUCCUCUGGCUGAUCCGGAUGGGCGCCGGUGACGAGGAUGAGCGCAAGGAGCAUAGACGCGACGCACCACCAUGGCUGCAUGUUCUCGCACUCGAGAUCCUGCGGGGUAUUUGCGGAGAUCCGACACUGUUACGCGCCAUCUGGUCACAAUAUGACGGGCCCGACGGGCCGAAGCUGUUCGCCAAGCUCGUGUCCGCGUUGGGUCGUCUCACCAACGAGAAACCUGCUCUCCUCGGAAUCGGCGUGCAGAUGCACGGCCUCGGCGUACCUGCAAGCUCAGCAGACCACGUAAACGCAAGCUAUUUCGACAUGGGAAUCGGCAUGGUGGCGAGCGCGGCCAGCGUUGGCGUGUCGGCUGUUGGUAGCCUUGUCGCAAGCGGAAGCGGCGGGCUGGGGCCACAUUCGGCGAUGAAGCAGCGCCUCGUGGAGCAGCACGACAAGGCAGAAGCUCCUCCCGUGCCAGAAACAUAUGUUUACCUCCUCGGAGUCCAGUCACUAUGCGCCAUCGCCGAGAGUAUCUCGACAGCGUCCGCUGCACAGGAGACGGCAGAGGCAGCCAAGAGCAUGGCCGAGUCGGCAUGGCCCGCACUUCUCGCGGCUCUUUCCUACUGCAUCGCCACCGAUCUGUCCGACGGCAUCUUUUCGGGGGUGCUCACGGCCCUGCAAGACUUCACGGUCGCGUGCGGUAGGCUUGGCCUGUUUACACCACGAGACGCGUUCCUGAACACAUUGGCAAAGUAUGCUGCUCCCGCACCAGUUGUGUCGGCGAUGCAGCAGUACCUCGAGUCCGGAUCAUCGGGCAAGGGCAGCACUGCCGAGUCGCUCGGUCUUACUGCUCUCACUGGGCAGGUGGCUGGUCCACCCAGCCUGUCCGAGCGCAACCUUGCGUGUCUCCGCAGCCUCAUCUCCGUGGCGCAGACACUGGCAGGUAGCAUUGGACCUGCAUGGCACGACGUUCUGGAGACACUCCAGAACGCCAACUACCUUCUCACGUCGGUGCCGCGUGGCGCGCAGCAACGGCGCCCGACACCAUCGACACCGCAGAGUCCUUCUGGCCGAUCGUCGGUCGAUGUCUCUGGUCCGCCAGCCGAGAUGCUCCAGGAUCUCGACAACGACCACAUCCAGGCUGCAGUGAAUGCGCUGUUCGAGCAAUCGCGCGAUCUGGACGACGACGCGUUUAGCACGUUCAUCACAGCGCUGUGUCGCCUCAGUGCUGAGAUGAUCGGCAUGGAGUCGGUUGUCGACCUAAACACCCCGGCGAACUCAGGAUUUAGCCCCAUGAGCGGAGGAGGGCGAAGGGCAAGCGGACUGAACGUGUUUCAGAGCAUAAAGUCGGGCGAGCGGUCGUUCGGCCUUGCUAAGCUUCGCAUCGUCGCCAUGCUCAACCUAGAGCGUCUGGUCAACAGAGAUCCGGGCGUUGGGUGGACCGCCUUAAUGCAACACCUCCUCGGCGCGGCACGACACAUCACCGCACCAUCCACGAUCCGCAACCAAGCGUCGGACACGCUGAACGAGCUCCUCCUAGCAUCGCUGCGCACAACAUCAGAACCCCGCGUGCAGCACCAGGUAUUUGACGUGCUUGUCCGCCAAGUCGACGCCAAUCCAGUCAGCAACAUGGUCGCGACCGACUACGACGUCCGCUCGUCCGGGUACCAGACCCUCAACCAGAUUCUCGAGUCAUCUGGCCACAGCCUCGAGGUGGGCUGGCCAACGAUCUUCGACAUGCUCAAUAAUGCGUGCAAGCGCCCUGAGAGCGGCCGGGCCACACCACCGACAGCGGCUCAUCGCGGCGACGCCAACCUCGUGCGCAUCGCGUUCCCAUCGCUCCAGCUCAUCUGCACCGACUUCCUCUCGUCACUCGACAACGAUGCGAUGCGGCUGUGCAUCAGCUGUCUCGGCCACUUCGGGCAGCAGCAGGAUGAUGUCAACAUCACUCUGGCCGCCAUCGGGCUGCUGUGGAGUGUCUCGGAUGCCGUGCAGGCCGACUCGAAGGACCUGUGGCUCUUCCUCCUGCUUGAGUUGCUCGAGCUUGCGCGGGAUCCACGUCUCGAGGUGCGGAGCAGUGCAAUGCAGACGCUCUUCCGCUGCGUCGAGCUUUACGGCUCGACUCUCGACCCGCAGCUGUGGGAGGACGUGUUCUGGAAGGUCAUCUUCCCGCUCCUGGAUGGCAUGCGUGGCGACGAGAGCCAGGUGCUGGCACUUACGUCGGUCGGGUCCAUCUUCGGCUUGUUCCUCCCCCAGAUCCUUGAGCUGCCAUCCGCUACCGCCGUGUGCCAGCAUCUCCUGGACCGGCUGAAACGCUCGUUCAUCUCCGAGCCCCGCACGUGCAGCACCGCGGCGUUCAAGACCCUUGAACGCGUCCUCGUCGCUAGCGAGAAGGGGUCGCCGCUCCUUGAGCCGGCUUGGACGACAUUUGUGGGCAUGGGCGAGUCGCUCCCCGAAGGCGAACCGUACACUCAGGAUAACCUUGUCGCACUCGUGCGCGUUGCACGCCUCCUGGACGACCGUCUCGGAUGGGCAGAGGACGACCCGCGCCCGAAGCAGCUGUCGGACAUCCUCCGUGCUGCAAUCGAGUAUGGCCGCUCACCCGACUACCGUGUGGACGUGGACAGCAUGUCGCCGCUGCAGUCCGCUGUCGCAGAGCUCGUGGCGAGUUCGAAUGCGUUCGGGCCGAGCGUUGUGCUUUCCGACCUGGCCAAGUACGCAGGUCUGCCCUUCGGCGCGCAUGGGAGACAGUCGUACGUUGCACUGUGCAAGUUUUGCCUCCCGACUAUGGCGGAUGUCUUCGAAGAGCACGACAACGCUGCGCUUUACGCGGACAGCACGAUCGAGGCGGUCCUCGGCGCGUACGCGACCCCCAUCAAGCUCAAAUACGAGUGCCCGUCCGCGAGUAGGUACGGCGACGACCCGCCGCUGUGGCGUACGGCGAUGACGUGCUUCGUCCGCGUACUGCGGCGCGUGAUGCCGCGCCUCGAGUCCCACGAGCUGCCCAAGCAGCGCUAUGACGCACUGUGGGAACGCAUCAUGGACGUAUACGCGGGCAUGCUACUCUCAGACGACAGCGACCUCUCGACGCCGGCCUACGAAUCGAACCGCGCGGAUGAUGACGAGGAGUUCGUCCUCCCCAUCCUCACGGCCGUCCGCGACGCCGUCGGCCCUCAUCUGACGGACGCACGUGUCCCGCGUGCUAUUGUGGAGUCGUACGCGGAGACGCUCCGCAAGGCGAGCGUGUUGUACCGCUACGACGUACGCGCCCCGGGUGGCACGACCGCGCCCGUGAUCGCCGAAGCAAGGGAGGCCACGAGGUACUGGGCGCUCGAGCAGCUCGUCGCGAACGUUGGUCGACCGAGGAGGCGCCGCCGCAAUGAGGAGGACGGAGCGAACGGACUGGCGAGCGAGGAUGAUGGAGAGGAAGCGAAGGGAGAGGAGGACACGCGGAGGGUCGCAGCGUACUUUGCACCUUCGGUGCUGGAGCGCUUCGAGAGCACACUCCAGGACUUCCUGAACGACGCAAAGCUCCGCGGCCAAAUGCCGUUCACGAGAAUACGCGAGGAUGAGAUCCUCUAUGUGCUUCGACACCUCGUGACAUUGCGGCUCUGGCCUACACCCAGCGGCUCACUGACGCCGACGACGCGGGCGGCCGCCUCCCCACGCGCCCACCUGUUCCGGUACUACCCUUUGCUGCUCGAAUUGGCAUUCGUGCCCGCCCACCUGCCGAGCAUGUGGAUCCUGCCGUCCGAGCACCGGGUGCUCUUCUUCGACGAGGAGGGUGGAGGAGAGGGGACCGAAGAUGCCGGGGACGGGUCGGACCUCAUCGAGGUCGGGGUCAGGGAUCUCGCGCGGCGCGCGCUUGAGCUUGUUGGCCUUGAGCUUGGUCUCGGGCCAGGCAUGUAG